UUUGACGUAGUCAAUCAAUCACAAUCAUGCAAUCAAUUCAUCCGGUUUCUCUCUGUUUAUUGAAUUUAUUUUAGUGCGUCCUUUGAAAUAUUAGUACAUUUGCAUUACUUACAUACGUUUAUUUCAUUUCAAAAUAUAAUAUAUCCAAUGAGAUAGUUGUGAGUGAGGGGUUGUUGAAUAUGGCAGAUGUAAAAUCUUUAUUAAAAGAAGCAAGGAAACUUAUCAGCGAAGAAAAUUUUAAAGAAGCUCAAGAAUGUUGCAAGAAUAUUUUGAGGAAAGAUAAACAAAAUUAUAUGGGUCUUGUCCUACUUGGGAAAUCCCUUCAAGAUACAGACCAAGCCCCAUUGGCAUACCAAAAAGCAAUAGCUAGUAAACCAGAUCAACCAUUAGCAUGGCAGGGAUUGGCAAAUUAUUAUGAGAAAAAAGAGGAUCCAAUUGUCAAAGUCAAAUUAAUUCCUAUUUACAAUGAAAUGCUUAAACUACCAAUUGAAGAAGAUAAAGCACUUGAAUUGAUAUCAAAACUGAGUCAACUUGCCUGCACCUUAAAACAUAAUGAAGUAAUUACUAUACUCAUUGAUUAUUUAAAUAAGGAAGUCAAUGAAAAAUUACAGCGAGCUGCGGAAAAGCAAUUCAUAGAAUUAUUAAAAAAAGAUGUUGAGUGUAAACAAGAAGACAUCAACCUAGCUUUACAGCUUCUUAAUAAAAUUUAUGCUAGAGAUCCUAGUGACUCUUUGGAAAUAUUAAUUGCUAAGCUAAUACUUGCGAAAAAUGAUUUCAAUUCAGCAGUUAAAGAAAUUAUUGAACUCAAAUAUUUCUCUGGUACAGUGAUAUUAAGAGAGUGGCUUUGUAAACAGAUUUGUAAGAAAUACAUUGAAUUUAAUUCAUUUAAUAAUUUUCCAAUUGAAGAAUACAUAACAAUCAUUACUGAAGGAAUAGAGAAUUCAAAUUAUCCUGGCAUGCUAAGGAGUAUGAUAAAUUAUGAUAAAGGUCUGUAUUUGGAAGCAUACAAACAAUGUGUCCCACUAAUAAACUAUAAUCAGGCAGAUCCUAUUGAAGCCACUUUCAUAAUAAACUGCACCAUUAAGCUCAAAAAAUGGUCAGUUGCAGAAAAGCUUAUUUCAAAUUUCUUGACUAAAGUUAAGGAUCUAGAUUUUUCCUUCAUACUAAAGAAAUUUUUAUUUUUAUCAUUGAGCAAGCAACAGAAAUGGAGCCAGGCUAUAUCUGUGAUUUCAGGAAUACCAUUGGAUGCUUUAGGAACCGAUGAAAAGGCAGAAUUAGCUGCAUGUUAUAUUGAAAGCAACCAGCCUGUUGAUUAUAUAUUAGACCAUCUAAAGCCAGCAGAAUGUUACACAACUCUAAAAGCUCAACUGUUUUUAAAACAAAACAAAUAUACCAAUGUUAUAGAACUCCUAGAAGAAUGCAGUGAUAAUAAUCACCUUAAUUUGUUCUAUCUUGGUAAAGCAUACUGGGACUUGGGUCAGUAUGAUAAAUCUUUGAUGAGUCUGCUUAAAGCAGUCAAGCUGAAUUCUGAUCAUGCAGAAUCAUUUGUUUUUCUUGGUCAUUAUUACAAAUUAAAAAAUGAUUUGCAAAGAGCAAAAAAAUGUUACGAGAAAGCAUACAGUUUAGCAGAUUCAAACAAUGAUGCCAUCAAGAACUUAAGUGAAACUUACAUUAAAUUGAACAUGAAAGAAGAAGACUUUGAGUUGUUAGUAAAAUCAGAGAAAUCCAUAAAAACAAAUGAAGCUUGGAUUAACUUUAGGCUUGGUUUACAUUAUCUUAGCAGAAGAGAUUGGGAAAAUGCAAUCAUAAAUUUUAGAAACGUCAUAAAAAAUGAUAAAAAAUCAAUAACCGCAUUUGAAUGUCUUGCUGAUGCAUAUUAUGCUCGAGGCUCAUUCACAUCUGCUUUACGAGCUUAUACUAAAGUUAUAUCACUAGAUUCUAAUAAAACAGCACACUGUUUAACAAGAAUAGGAUACAUACAUUCAUUGCUGACAGAGUAUAAAGAUGCAAUAAUAACUUUUGAAAAAGUUCUGAAACUAGAGCCAUACUCCUUAUUAGCUCUUAAAGGACUAGCUGAAACAUGGAUGAGAGUAGCAAAAAAGAAAUUUGUAGUAAAAAUGUAUGGUAGUGCAAGAGACUGUGCCCAAAAUGCUAUUAAUUUUAUAUCCACAGCUUUGACUAAGCAAAAACAAUAUGCUUGUCUUUGGAAAAUAUUGGCUGAUACUUUUAUAUUCAUUACCAAACUUCCAACCAAAUAUGCAUAUGCAUUUCUAAAAUGUAGUGAUACUUCUAAUGAAGUCCUCAGAAAGAAUAAACUUGAAUUAUUUCCUCAAGCAUUUGCUUGUUACUCUCGUAUUGCGAAACAAAAGCAACAAUUAGCGUCAUAUGAUUUGGCAUCUGCCUAUCUGGCAUAUUACCAUGAAACUGAAAAAGAAGUUAAUUGCAAUAUUUCAUUUAAUUUAACCUUAUCUUGUAUAAAAGAGAAACCAACACUUUGGCGUAACUGGAACUUACUUGGAAAAAUUUGUUUGUUUGUGAAGAAGUAUAACAUAGCUCAACACUGUUUCAUAAAAGCAUUGUUGGUAACUCGCAAAUGGUCUGUUGCUAAAGUAUGGUGUAAUUUAGGGACCUUAUAUUUAAAAUUAAAACUUUAUAAACUGGCAAACUAUUGCUUCUGGAGAGGCCAGUCAACAUUGCCCUCACAUCCACAUAGCUGGAUCGGACAAGGCCUGAUUGCAGAAGUGAUUCGAGAAGAAGAAGCUAUGGAUUUAUUCAGACACGCUUCUCGGUUGGGCUACCACCCUGAAAGUGCCCUUGGGUAUGCUGAUUGGGUGUGUCGCACUUUGAAGAGCAACAAAUACAAAGACAAUCCAGAAUCCAAAUAUGAAAUUGAAGGUCUUUAUGCAGUCACGUAUGCUAUUGAUCUAAUAGAAUGGUAUUCUAGUUUUGAGCCAGAAAAUGCAUGUGCCAAUACUAUUCUUGGAAUAUUACAAGAAAGGUGUGGACUUAUUCAAGCAGCUUAUAAAUCUUAUCGUACAGCAUUUAAAUACGCUGAUGAAGAAAAUAAAAACAUAACACUCUUAAAUCUUGGAAGAAUUUUUCUGAGGUUGGAAAAAUAUGAUGAAGCAAUUAAAACCUUUAAAGCCAUCACAGAAGCUAGCUUCGAUUCAACUAAUGGAUUAGCUCUAGCUCUCUAUAAAAGAGGCUUAUAUGAAGAAUCAUAUUCUGUAUAUGAUACUGCCUUACAAUGGUUAAGCAAUGACGAUGAAGAACAGGCAGAUAUGCUUGUAGCUAUGGCUGGUAUCAUGUAUAUUUUUAAAGGAGCUGAAGAUGCAAAAACUAUAUUGUUUCACAGCAUCAACGUUGCUCAGAAAAAGCCCACUGCAUAUUGUUUAUUCGCCAUUUGUUCUUUAGGGUUGUUACAUUCAGAUCAAAGUCUCUCUAAACUUGCUUUGACUGAAUUACAGAAAUAUGAAAGAGAUAAAGAAUUUGGAUUUGACAUAGGUUUCUUAAAAUCAUACUUAUGCGUGUGUGAAAACAACAUGGAUCAGGCUAUUAAAAUCCUUAGUGACUCACUUCAUGAUUUUCCUAGUAAUGCUUUAUUGUGGUUUUGUAUGUCUCAGUAUUGCCUUCGAGCAGCAGAUACCAAAGCAAAGAUUGCCAGUAGUUGCGCUCAAAGAGCACUUUGUUCAUCUCAGUACAAUGAACACUGCUGGGAAUCUGCGAAGAUGAUAGCAACAGCCAGUAUUGCUGAACAUAUUGCUGGAGAUCAUAUAAAAGCUCUAGUCCUGGCCAAAGAAGGAUUGCAUAUGUAUCCUCAACAAGGAGAAAUAUGGGCGGCACUCGUUUUUUCACUGCUUCCACACAAGAAAUGGAUAGAGAAGAAAGAUUGGAUUUUGAGUGCUGCUAAUCAUAUGCGCAGAGAUCUCAAUAUUUCACGCCCAUUGACUCGGUGGAUAAACCUCAUUGAAAAAAAACUUACAAAAUGAAUUUAAUUUUGUCUUCCCUUGAUGUCUUCUGAUGCCUUAUCAUGACAAUGAAAUAUUAUACCUCUCUGUUGCCUUGUCUAUUGUUAAUAUAAAUCAGCUCUUAGUAGGCUCUACACUAUUGUGGAACUCGGACAGAUGACGACGCGAUUGCAUGAACAUCGCGUUGUUUAUAAGAGAGCUUUUAUUUACCGCAAUGAAAAAGAAUCCGCCAAAGUUUGGCGAACUGUUCGCUGAUAGUUAGGAGCACGGGUUAGCUUAGAAGCCAGUAAUAGAUAUUGCUUCAGAACAAUUUUGUUCAGUCAGUUGUUAUAACAUCAUAAGCUUUUUUUUUAUUGCUGUCAUCCAACAGCUUUAAUACAACGUUUAGGCGUAGAAUGUCGAAUAUUCAAUAAUAAGUACAAAAAAAAUAACAUAAAUUUAAAUAAAAUAGUCUAGGUAUUUAUACUCAGGUAUUAUAUUAAAUAUAUAUAUAUGUAUAUACUCGCCUAAAUACACUAUUUGGUGACAAUAUUGAAUAUUGGGUAUUCCGCGAAUCAGACAUUUUUCGCUGGACAUUUUACGAAUUAGACACCCUGCGCCCUAAACACAACAAUUAUACCUAUAGAUGCUAUUGGUUUCUGAUUGCCUUCCAUAAGAAUUUUACACAUCACAUUAUUAACUACAGUUUUAAGUUUUAUCUCUGGCUGGAGACUUAUUUUGAUUGUAGAAGUUAAGUGAUAAUGAUAAUUUAAUAAUCAUUUUGUUUAAAUGCCAAGGUCUAUGUGUGACCCAUAAUAUAUAUUUUGUAUGUUUUAAAGCUUAAAUUACAAUAAAAAUAAAAGAUUAUACUUA